AUGAAGAAAGAUAACCAGUCCUGUUUGACUGAGUUUCUCCUGCUCGGCUUCUCAGAUUUCAAGUCUAUGGAAGAACUUCUGUUUUGUCUGGUUCUAAUAUUUUACCUCAUAGCCUUGAUGGGCAAUAGCCUGGUUUUACUCGUCACCAUUGCCAGUCCCACCCUUCACACCCCAAUGUACUUCUUCCUCUGGAACUUGUCCUUUUUGGAAAUUGGCUACACCUCAUCCAUCAGUCCAAAGAUGUUAAUGAUUUUGCUCUCAGAAAACCAGACUAUAUCCUUUUGGGGCUGUGGAUGUCAAAUGUGCUGCUUUCUUCUCUUUAGUGUCACUGAGUGUUGUCUUCUUUGUGCUAUGGCGUAUGACCGUUAUGUUGCCAUUUGCAAGCCCUUGCAAUACCCCUCUAUCAUGAGGUACAAGAAAUGUGCGACCCUAGCUGCCAUCUCAUGGAUCUUUGGAAUUUCCGUAUGUUUAGGGGAAUCUGUUUCAAUCUUCACCCUUCCCUUCUGUGGGUCAAACAGAAUCAGCCAUUUCUUCUGUGAUCUUAUGCCUGUUCUGACACUGACUUCAAUCAAUACUUACAAAAACGAAGUGGCCAAUGCCAUACUAACUGUGGUAUUUGGCCUGGUUCCCCUUUUACUCAUUGUCUUUUCCUACAUCUUCAUCAUAUCCACUAUUCUCACAAUGCCAGUGGCCACGAACAGGUACAAAGCAUUUUCCACUUGUUCCUCACACCUCAUUGUUGUUUUCAUUUUCUUUGGAACCAUCAUUGUUGCCUACAUUCAUCCCAAUUCAGCAUCUUCUAAGGAUGAUAACAGGAUCCUUGCCCUGCUUUAUACAGUAGUGACCCCAAGCUUGAAUCCCAUCAUUUACAGCUUGAGGAAUGAAGAGAUAAAAAGUUCAUUCAAAACAUUAAUGUCAAAGAAAUGGGUUUCCUUUAGUUUAUAA